CUGGUGCAGACGCCGCGGCCGCUGUCAGGGAAGCGCAAGGCGGCCAAUGGAACCCGGGAGCGGCCGCUGCUGCUGAGGCGGCGGUGUCGGCAGUCCGACCCCGACCGCCUGCACCCUCUCCGCGAGGGUCCCCCAGAGCUUGGAAGCUCCAAGUCUGGCUGUAGCCAUGGGAGACAUGGUAGUGGAGCCUGCCACCCUGAAACCAACUUCUGACCCUACUCCUAGUCCAUCAGGGAAUAACGGGGGCACCUUGCUAAGCGUCAUCACGGAGGGGGUCGGGGAACUAUCAGUGAUUGACCCUGAGGUGGCCCAGAAGGCCUGCCAGGAGGUGCUGGAGAAAGUCAAGCUUUUGCAUGGGGGUGUAGCCAUCUCUAGCAAAGGCACCUCGCUGGAGUUGGUUAAUGGGGAUGGUGUGGACAAUGAGAUCCGUUGCCUAGAUGAUCCACCAGCCCAGAUCAGGGAGGAAGAAGAUGAGAUGGGGGCCACUGUGGCCUCUGGCACAGCCAAAGGAGCAAGAAGACGACGACAGAACAACUCAGCCAAACAGUCUUGGCUCCUGAGACUGUUUGAGUCAAAACUAUUUGACAUCUCUAUGGCCAUUUCAUACUUGUAUAACUCCAAGGAGCCUGGAGUGCAAGCCUACAUUGGCAACCGCCUCUUCUGCUUUCGCAAUGAGGAUGUGGACUUCUAUUUGCCCCAGUUGCUAAAUAUGUAUAUUCACAUGGAUGAGGACGUGGGUGAUGCCAUUAAACCCUACAUAGUCCACCGAUGUCGCCAGAGCAUCAACUUUUCCCUCCAGUGUGCCCUGUUGCUUGGGGCCUACUCUUCAGACAUGCACAUUUCCACUCAACGACACUCUCGAGGGACCAAGUUACGGAAGCUAAUCCUCUCAGAUGAGCUGAAGCCAGCUCACCGAAAGAGGGAACUGCCGUCUUUGAGCCCAGCCCCUGACACAGGGCUGUCUCCCUCCAAAAGGACUCACCAGCGCUCUAAAUCAGAUGCUACGGCCAGCAUAAGUCUCAGCAGCAACCUGAAACGAACAGCCAGCAACCCUAAAGUGGAGAAUGAGGAUGAGGAGCUCUCCUCCAGCACCGAGAGUAUUGAUAAUUCAUUCAGUUCCCCUGUCCGGCUGGCCCCUGAGCGAGAAUUCAUCAAGUCCUUGAUGGCCAUUGGCAAACGACUGGCCACGCUCCCCACUAAGGAACAGAAAACACAAAGGCUGAUCUCAGAGCUCUCCCUGCUCAACCAUAAACUCCCUGCCCGAGUCUGGCUGCCCACUGCUGGCUUUGACCACCACGUGGUCCGUGUGCCCCACACACAAGCUGUUGUCCUCAAUUCCAAGGACAAGGCUCCCUACCUGAUCUACGUGGAAGUUCUUGAAUGUGAAAACUUCGACACAACUAGCGUUCCUGCCCGGAUUCCUGAGAACCGAAUUCGGAGCACACGGUCCGUGGAGAACCUUCCUGAAUGUGGCAUGACUCACGAGCAGCGGGCUGGCAGCUUCAGCACAGUGCCCAAUUAUGACAAUGAUGAUGAAGCCUGGUCGGUGGAUGAUAUAGGCGAGCUACAGGUGGAGCUCCCUGAAGUGCACACCAACAGCUGUGACAACAUCUCCCAGUUCUCGGUGGACAGCAUCACCAGCCAGGAGAGCAAGGAGCCUGUGUUCAUUGCAGCAGGGGACAUCCGACGGCGCCUUUCAGAACAGCUGGCUCACACGCCCACAGCCUUCAAACGAGACCCUGAAGACCCUUCUGCAGUCGCCCUCAAAGAGCCCUGGCAGGAGAAAGUGCGGAGGAUCAGAGAGGGCUCCCCCUAUGGCCAUCUUCCCAAUUGGCGACUCCUGUCAGUCAUUGUCAAGUGUGGAGAUGACCUUCGGCAGGAGCUGCUGGCUUUCCAGGUGUUGAAGCAGCUGCAGUCCAUUUGGGAGCAGGAACGAGUGCCUCUUUGGAUCAAGCCAUAUAAGAUUCUUGUGAUUUCUGCCGACAGUGGCAUGAUUGAACCAGUAGUCAACGCUGUGUCCAUUCAUCAGGUGAAGAAACAGUCACAGCUCUCCUUGCUCGAUUACUUCCUACAGGAACAUGGCAGUUAUACCACUGAGGCAUUCCUCAGUGCCCAGCGCAAUUUUGUGCAAAGUUGUGCUGGCUACUGCUUGGUCUGCUACCUAUUGCAAGUAAAGGACAGGCACAAUGGGAACAUCCUUCUGGAUGCAGAAGGUCACAUCAUCCACAUCGACUUUGGCUUCAUCCUCUCCAGCUCACCCCGAAACCUGGGCUUUGAGACAUCAGCCUUUAAGCUGACCACUGAAUUUGUGGAUGUAAUGGGUGGCCUGAAUGGUGACAUGUUCAACUAUUACAAGAUGCUCAUGCUGCAGGGACUGAUUGCUGCCCGGAAGCAUAUGGACAAGGUGGUGCAGAUCGUGGAGAUCAUGCAGCAAGGUUGCCGCCGUUGCUCAGGAGCAUCUCUGUCUGGCCCCGUGGUGACGGUGGCCCAGGUCAUCUGUUCUCAGCUCCCUUGCUUCCAUGGCUCCAGCACCAUUCGCAACCUCAAAGAGAGGUUCCACAUGAGCAUGACCGAGGAGCAGCUACAGCUGCUGGUGGAGCAGAUGGUGGAUGGCAGCAUGAGGUCUAUCACCACCAAACUCUACGACGGCUUCCAGUACCUCACCAAUGGCAUCAUGUGAUACCCUGCUCGGGCCUACAAGUGGUGGGAUUGAAGGCACCCUCCUCCCUUGGAGGACCCUUGCCUAAGAAACCCCAAAUCACAAAACCCUACCUACCUAACCACCUACCCAAGGGAAACGGAAGGCAAGAAAUACAAAGGAUCAUGUGGUAACCAUGAGAGCUGCCAGAGAGUAGGAGAGCCAACCAUGGGGUCCAGACUUGCUGGGGCUUCCCCACCUCCUGCUGUGUCAGUAUUACCACCUGACAGAUCCCAGGACUCGCUGCCCUCCAGAGAAGUGAUGAACGCAAGGAUGGGGGCCUUUUUCCCCUCUCCAGAGUCUCAGAGGUUCUUUCUACAGUCUUGGUUUCUCUGGGUCCCAGCAAGAUGGGAAGGAGUGGGUUCUUGGUACUUAGGAUGUAAUCCUAUGUCUGACCAUGCUGCUGCCCAACUCUACCCUCCCAGGGGCUGACCCCUAGCCCACAUUCCCUGCCACAGGGCCCUGCACUUGCUGAGGUUCCCCAUCAUGGGCUAAGGAAGGGAACUGCCACAAGCCCUCUAAUGCAUUGAGGGCAAUGGCCUAGCCAUGGGGAAUUCCUUUCCUGACACCCAGGGAAAUAGCUCUCAAUUUUUUUAUUUUUAAUUUUUGUUUGAAAUAAAGUCCUUAGUUAGCCAUC